AUGACCCGGGAAUCAUAUAUUUCCGAUUGCGUUGAAGCCUUGUCGGCUCAGGAGCCAAUUCAAGUCAUAAAACCAUCACUUGAAGAAAGAAUUUGUGGUGUUGUUAAUCAGAAAGACUCUAGAAUAGGGAAGGACUCUCCUUUUACCUUUGGACAAAGAUAUCUCACUGAUAAAGAAGCCAUUUGGGACCAUAAUGCCUGGGAUCAUGUUGAAUGGGGUGAUGAACAGAUAAAAGAAGCAGAGCUGAAAAUUAUGAAACAUUAUGAAAACCCUGUGGAUGAUUGCCAAAAAUUUCUUUUUAAUAAAACACCAGAAAAAUUUUGGGAUAUCUUUUAUAGAAAUAAUAAAGAGAAUUUUUUCAAGGAUAGAAAGUGGUUGCAAAUCGAGUUUCCUUUAUUAUAUCAUACAACAAAUGAGCUUUAUCAGUCCCCAAUAUCAAUUCUUGAAAUUGGCUGUGGUGCUGGAAAUACUUUAUUUCCUGUUUUAAGACAGAAUAAGAAUCCAAAUUUAAGAAUUAUUGGUGUGGAUUAUAGCAAAAAUGCCAUUAAUUUAGUCAGAUCUUCAGAGGAGUUUAAUACAAAAUUUGCAGAUGCUUUUGUUUGGGAUUUAGCUAAUGAGAAUUUCGAAUUACCUGAAACUGUUGAACCUAAUUCCAUUGAUAUUAUUGUAAUGAUUUUUGUUUUUAGUGCUUUGCAUCCAGAUCAAUGGAAGUUUGCAAUUAAUAAUUUAAAAAAAUUGAUUAAACCUGGCGGAAAGAUUUUAUUUAGAGAUUAUGGUAAAUAUGAUUUAGCACAAAUUAGAUUUAAGAAAAACAGAUUAUUAGAAGACAAUUUUUAUAUUAGAGGCGACGGUACCAGGGUUUAUUUUUUUUCAGAAGAAGAAUUAAGAAAUAUUUUUGUUAAAGAUGCUGGAUUUGUUGAGGAAAAAAUUGCUACUGAUAGAAGAUUACUUGUUAAUAGAAAGAAAAAAUUAAAAAUGUAUAGAAUCUGGUUACAAGCAGUUUUUGCUGCCCCUGGAUUAUUGCAAACAAACUUGGAAAAAAAUGAAAAAAACGAAAAUAAAAAUAAAAAAACUAGCAAUCAAAAAGUAAAAGAAACAAAAGAGGAAUCGAUACUAAGCAAAUUUUCUUAUAAUAGUGAUGACGAUGAGGAUAGUGACGAUGAUGAUGGAUGCACUCCUCCUAUUUCGUGUGGGUGUGGGUGUGACCAUCCAAGUCAUAGUUAUCAAUUAUAA